CUCUUUUUUUCUGUUUUUUUUUUUUUUUCAUUUUGAAGUUGCUUGGCUUUGUCCUCUAUAUGGGUGCUUCCUCUGAAUUUCCAAAGUACUGCAUAAAACAACAAAACAAAACACACAUACCCACUGUUUUUACAUUCUAUUCUUGGGUGCUCUUAAAGUUCAUAUUUUUAACGGAACUGCUGUAACAACAGGUUUCACUGAAACUCAACUCAGCGAGAUAAAGUUGUGGUUUUGGUUUAAAAUUUUUUAUUAUUAGUUUGAAAAUUUGAAAUUUGAUGAAUUAUUAAGUUAUGUUUACUUGAUCUCUUUUUAUCUUUUCUUCGGUGUUUAAUUUGAUUUUGCUUUGACAAAAUCAUACCUUCCUUUCGUCUUUUUCUGCUUUUUCCUAUUCUCUCAAGUGGGAAAUCAAACUCUCAACAGGCUUUUUUACCCCCUUUGUUCGGCCCCUUGAUUAUCAUUCUUUUAGAGUUCACAUUCUUAGUAUAACCGGGUUUACUUUUACUUUUCUCCCUCUUUGAAAAUUUCUUAACUUUUUCUGAGCCUCUGAACACAGAAUUGUGGUGUUAGACUAGGGGUAUGUGAGGCUAUGGCUUGGUAUAUUGUGCUUAAAAGUAGUUGUUUUUGACACUUUCGUUUAAUCUCCUUGUGAGAUUUUCUUCCUUGUGACUGUAAGGCGAGAAGCUGGUUUUGUUAUCGAUCCACUUAAACUCCAAUGGAUUAUGUUUGACCGAGUUUAAAAAGAUCUCCAUAUUCUAUAUUGAGGGUGUACAGUGCCUUGUGGUCUGAUGUCCGGGAAUCUUUUUAGAGCAGACAGUCGGUUGCUUGGUUGACUAUUCCAGCAAUUGCGGAAUUUCAUGUGAGAUCUGUUCUGGCAUGAAAAGGAACCCUGUCCUUUAAUUGCAAUUGAUGUCUUUUUUCUGGAGCUAAGAAAAUGGGGGGUUGUGUUUCAACUAGUAGCCAGAGUAACUGUAGUAGCAGAAGCAAUGGAGAGACAGUUUCCCCUGCAUGUUUGGGGAUGGGAUUUUUUGGCCAAAAGAGAACUAAGAGAACAUUCUCAGAGCAUCUUGUUACAAUGCAUAAUUUAUCUUCAAUACUGAACAGGGUUGUUAUGAAUGGAAAAAGUCGAAGCUCUUGCAUAUUCACACAGCAGGGUCGCAAGGGAAUCAACCAAGAUGCCAUGAUUGUGUGGGAAGAUUUCAUGUCGCAAGAUGUGACUUUCUGUGGUGUAUUUGAUGGACAUGGUCCUUAUGGGCAUCAUGUUGCUCGCAAAGUGCGGGAUGCUUUGCCAAUGAAGUUAUUAUCAUUGUUGCUAUCUUCUCAGUCAAGGCAGAAUGCUUCAGGUAAAGCACGUUUCAGAGGGAAUAUAAAGAAACCAGAUACUGUAGAUACUGAGAAGGAUGGCUCACCUGAGGAUAAAUUGAACUUGUUAUGGAAAGAAGCAUUUAUGAAGUCAUACAAGUCCAUGGACAAAGAGCUAAGGUCCCUUCCUAAUUUGGAUUGCUUUUGUAGUGGUAGCACCGCCAUUACAAUAGUGAAACAGGGGUCCAAUCUUUUCAUGGGAUAUAUCGGAGAUUCACGGGCGAUCAUGGGAUCUAAGGACAACAAUGAUUCUAUGGUGGCAAUUCAGUUAACUGUUGAUCUAAAACCUGAUUUGCCGAGGGAAGCUGAGAGGAUUAAACGAUGUAAAGGUAGGGUGUUUGCAUUGCAAGAUGAGCCUGAAGUAUCCAGAGUUUGGUUGCCAUUCGAUGAUGCUCCUGGUCUAGCAAUGGCUCGAGCAUUUGGUGAUUUCUGUUUGAAGGAGUAUGGGGUGAUUUCAAUACCUGAAUUUUCUCACCGGACACUUACAGAUAGAGAUCAGUUCAUUGUGCUUGCUUCAGACGGGGUUUGGGAUGUCCUGAGCAAUGAGGAGGUUGUUGAAAUUAUAUCCUCUGCACCAACUCGAGCAUCUGCUGCUAAGAUCCUAGUGGAAGGUGCCGCACGUGAAUGGAAACUCAAAUAUCCAACUUCAAAGAUGGAUGACUGUGCGGUUGUUUGUUUAUAUUUAGAUGGGAAAAUGGACUCAGAAUCUGAUUAUGAUGAACAAGGUUUUUCAUCUGCAACCCUUCAAAGCAAUCACUCCGGUAAUGCAGUUGAAUCAGAUGAUGGCCAGAAGUCUGAUCCAUCUUUGCAAAGAAAUUUCACCGUUCGAUCAUCAGAUGAAAGUGACACAUAUGGAAAACUGUCAGUGGAGGAUGAAGGGAAUGGAGAAACGGUACCUGCUGAAGAUCAGAAUUGGUCUGGUUUGGAAGGUGUUACCCGGGUGAAUUCUCUAGUACAACUUCCAAGAUUUUCAGAGGAUAGACCAAACCCGUAAAUUUUGACAAGAUUGUGGGAAUGAAUGGAACCCUGCUUCCUUUGUAAUAUCUUGCUUCAAAGCCUUAAUGAACUGGAAAUACUCUGAAUUGGCGCUCUGCCUAAAAGGGUUUGUGCAGUGGGCAUUUUAUUAUUGAGUAAUAUUUCAUGUUAGAGUACAAAUAUUGACAUGUCAUUAUGUGAUUUGAUGUUAUUUUAUGUUAAAUCUAAAAUUAUCUAAUCAUGUGAUGACAUGUCGAUAUUUGCAUUUGAUUGUUGCCCUCCCUUCAUGCUUAGUGUUGUUGAUAUGCUGAACAAAAUUGGUGGGAGGUUUUGUCAGGAAUUGUACUGAUCAGUAUAAUUGUGAUAAUAGUGUACCAGUCUCAAUUGAGAUUUCC